AUGGCAGAAUAUUUUAAACUACCGUUUUCUAAUCAACAAAUUUAUGUUGAAAUCAAACUUUCACAAUCAGAAGGAAAAAGUAAUGCUGCUGCUGCUGCUAGUAGCAAUACUGAGAUUAUAUGUUGUGUUGAUACAAGUGGCUCAAUGGCUGGUAGUCCGAUACAUAAUGUUUGUGAAGUUUUACGUGAUAUUUAUCAACGUACACAAAAAGACUAUCGACUAUUUACAUACAAUACACAGACAGAUACAAAACGUACCUUAAAAACAUUAUAUGAACAAAAUGGUGACCUACAAGCCAAUGGUGGUACUUUAUUUUCAUGUAUAUUUAAUGCUAUCAAAGAUUAUCUUCUACAAAAUUCAUCAUCAACGAGAGCAACAACUUUUAUAUUUAUGACUGAUGGACAAGAUAAUGAACCAAAUAGUCCAACAUUAAGAAAGAGUAUUGAAAUGUUAAAACUAAUUUUAAGUGGAAUGACGAAUUCUCCUCCAAUUACGUUUCAUGUUAUUGGUUUCGGUGAAGUUAACGAUCAAUUUCUUAAUCAAAUACGAACAUUUGGUACACGCCAAGGUCUCUUUCGUUAUUCAACAGAGUCCAGAGAAUUACAAAAUAAUUUUAAUGAUAUGUUUGAAUAUGCGUUAAAUGUACGUGAAUUUACCAUUAAAUUUUCAAAUGGGAAAACUUAUACUGCAAAUAAUAUUGAUAAUGAAACAGUUGGUUUUCUAACUAACGAUGAUGACGAUUUAAGUACAGUUACUGAGUUAACCUUAAUUGAUGACACAAAAACGACAAGAAACUUUUGUUUAACAGAAAUGAAAAAUAUUCGCCCUAUACAUUCUCUACAUGCCCUUAAUCUUAUUUCACCGAAAAAUGAAGAGGAUGUCAAAUCAAUACAAGCCUAUUUGAGUACAAUUCAAAUUACAAAUAAUAAAAAUUUAAUAGAACGUUUAGAAGUUGAACAAAUUUAUAAUGAAAUUGAUCAACGUAUGAUGGAAUAUACUCAAUUAUUUACACAAUUAAAAAUAAAUCAAGUACCAGAACGUGUAAAACUACAAUUGAGUGCACUUAGGCAUGAUCCAAUAUUUGCUAAUACACAACGAAAGAAAAAAUUAGAUUUAAGAAUAAAUAAAAAUGCUGAUUAUUUCAAGAGAACAGAUAUCAAUGGUAUAUUACAAGGAUAUAAAGAUUCAAUUACAUCUGAUACAUGGCAAAUGAUUAAAGAACAGAAACAGGAAUGGGUUGAUGUCUAUUCAAAGGAAGAUAUCUAUGAAAUUAUGAGAAAAUCAUCAGACAAUAUUUUAUGCUUAGGUAUUCUUGUCCAACGUGAUGAAGAAGCUAUUACUAAUCCAACAAAAGGUUUAAAACUUUUGAAUGUUACUAAUACAAUUAUUUCUUAUGAUUCAUUUAUCAAUGCCAUGAAUGUAGCUAAAAAUAAUCAACAAUCACAAGGACAAUUCACUACUCUAAAUGAUUUAUAUUGUGUAGCUGGUGUUCUAUCAAAUGAACGAAUUAAUGCUGUUAUACCAUUAUAUAUUAAUGAUGAACAUAUGAAACGAAUACGUAUUCUUGAAGGUAUUUGGCUUGGUUAUCUUUAUACAUUAGAUAGUUAUGGAUAUGAUAAACAACAAGAAGUUGGUCUAUUAAAAUUAUUACAUCAAAUUAUUCAACAACGUACAAAUACUCAACGACAAAAACAAAUUUUAAUUGAACUUGAAAGAGUAUGUCAAUUUAUAAUUAACGAAUCACAAGGUUUUAAAACAGCUGAACAAUUUGGUGAGAAAAUUUAUGAAAAAUUAUUUAAUCGAAUUCCAAUAUCAAACACUCAAGAAUAUGAUUUACGCAUACCACUAAUGAUUAGUUAUUUAAAAAAUAAUUUAACAUCGGUUCUAUUACCAGUUUAUUAUGAAUAUCUUAGACAACAAUAUCUAAGUAAACAUAGAAAAAGAUCCUUAGAGACAAAACAAAUUGUAGAAAAUCUUCUUUAUGGUUGUGAUGCAAAAACUCGAACCAUGGCUAUCAGUGUAACGAAUCAGAAUAACACUACAACAAUUAAUAAUGAUCCUGAUUAUAUUGAAAAAAGUUUUAUUGAUUUUUUUCAUGAUGAACUAUGUAAACCAAUUGAAUUAAUACCACAGAAAAAAAAAAAUGAAAACAAUAAAUUUAUUAUACGUGAUGAAAUUGAACUAGAUUAUAUUAAAAGUUUUCUAUUACCAAUACCUGAUUUUAUUAAAACUAUAUUAAAUUAUUCUCAAAUCGAUGAUGAUUACAUUGAAAAACAUUUAGAUUAUAAUAAUUUAAGAUGGGAAUUAUUAAUUACAUUUUAUUAUUUAAUUUAUUCAGAUACAAAUAUUAGAGAAUUACAAAAUUUACCGAAUAAAGAAAACAUUUUAUCUACGAUUGAUGAACGAUUACACACUGCUACAACAGAUACCAAUGAUUAUGAUUGCUCAUCGGAAAGUGUACGUCUCGUCACUUAUGUUGCUCUCAACUGUAAAACACUUGAAGGUUUUGCUGGUUUAAUGCGUAAAUAUUGUUCAAAACGUCGUGGUCCAAUAUUUACUGAAGUUUUUAAACAACUACUUCCACCAUAUAAGGACGAGAGUGAUAAUAUCCAUGUAGGAGUAACAAAGGAAGAUAAACUGAUUGCUUUACUUUCAAAUACAAUUUCAACAACAAUAACAACAAAACCAAUUUAUCACGAUAUGAAACAAUAUGAUCGGUCGCACUUUGAUGGGCUAAUCGAUGCGUUAAGUUGGUUUAUUAAACAAAAUAAUGUUUAUAAUAUUAAAUAUCUAAUUGUAAGAAAGCCAAUUGUCUAUGGCAUUGGUAUUUCAACUGUGUCUGAUCAAAGUGGUAGUAGAAAAAAAACAAAACACCGUUAUGUUUUACGUUGA